AUGGCCGACAUGAACCAAGAAUCCAUCCAGCAGAAGAUCCAGAUCGCACGACGCGACGCGGAGGCGCUGAAGGACAGGAUAAAACGAAAGAAGGACGAGCUUGCUGACACAACCCUCCGCGAUGUCGCGAGAGACCGUGUCGAGGCGCUGCCGCGCCUCACCAUGAAGACGAAGCGGACCCUCAAGGGUCAUCUUGCCAAAAUCUACGCCAUGCACUGGUCAACCGACCGGCGACAUCUCGUUUCCGCUUCCCAGGACGGAAAACUCAUCAUCUGGGACGCCUACACGACGAACAAGGUCCACGCCAUUCCGCUUCGCUCAUCGUGGGUCAUGACCUGCGCCUACUCGCCGUCUGGCAACUACGUCGCGUGCGGUGGUCUUGACAACAUCUGCUCCAUCUACAACUUGUCAGCUCGGGAAGGCCCGACGCGCGUGGCCCGAGAGCUGUCUGGCCACUCAGGGUACCUCAGUUGCUGCAGAUUUAUCAGCGACAAGCGCAUUCUCACUUCUUCUGGUGACAUGACCUGCGUGCUUUGGGACCUGGAAACUGGCUCCAAAGUACAUGAAUUUGCCGACCAUCUUGGCGAUGUCAUGAGCUUGAGCAUCAACCCUCUCGAUCACAACCAGUUCGUGUCUGGUGCUUGCGAUGCUUUCGCCAAGCUUUGGGAUAUCCGUCAACAGAAGUGUGUCCAGACCUUCGCAGCCCACGACUCGGAUAUCAACGCCAUUCAGUUCUUCCCGAACGGUAAUGCCUUUGGUACUGGUUCAGACGACGCUUCUUGCCGUCUCUUCGACAUUCGUGCCGACCGUGAGCUAGCAUCGUAUCAGAUUCCCGAGCCCGUCUGCGGUAUUACAUCUGUCGCCUUCUCCGUCUCUGGCCGGCUGCUGUUCGCAGGCUAUGAUGAUUUCGAAUGCAAGGUUUGGGAUGUACUGCGCGGCGAGCGCGUGGGCACAUUGCAAGGACAUGACAACCGAGUCAGCUGUCUUGGUGUAAGCAACGAUGCGCUCAGUCUCUGCACCGGUUCCUGGGACUCCAUGCUACGCAUUUGGGCAUAA